CUUCUCUCUCUUUCCUCCCUUCUUCAUUCAUUGUUUCCACCCUAGGUUGGAGAGGAUAGUUUAAAUUAACACGCCGUCUCUCGUUCCUCAGUCUCGACUUUCUUUAACCGAGUUCGUGCCCCAGUUCUAGUACUCCGACGGUGAUUUGACGAGUACUUGUACCUCGCUUUCCCCAUGUCACUAUCAGUUUGCGGGUGGACGUCCCUUUGAUCGCAAUCAUUAGCACCGCCUUCUUCCCCGCCGUUUCUAGCCCGCUGCUCGGUCCCCUUCCUUGCAUCGAUCAAUCCAGACUAUCACCCCCUUCUUUAUUCUCCCACUAAAUUCGAUUAUUAUCAACCUCGUGGAACAAUCACCCAAUCCCUGGUAUAUGUCCAGGUGAAAUCGUCGGCAUGACCCAACUUUUCGCCUCCAGUCCGUCCAAUGUGUCGAACGAGAAACGUGGAAACUUUCCUAGCCUCUCUCUCCCGUCCAAAAAACAUACCAAUGAGUCGAGUCAUCUCCCGACGAAGAUCAAGAACUUUUUCCGCAUAAAUAGUUCGAGCAGCAAUUCCUCUCAUCACAGUCAUAGCCACAGUGGCGAUAGGGAUAGAGAGGGCAGUUCUCACACCAACGCCAAGACCGAAUCUAAGUCUGCCUUUAGGCAAUCGCGAUUCCUUCCUACAAUUGGUCGCAAUCGCUCAACCACUGUUGCUAGCGAAGGUAACCCGCUGGAUGAGGGAGUGUCUCCAACUGCAACAGCGAAUCCGUAUUUCGUUCAUCAGGGGCAACCUUCCUUACAGCAUCGCAAUGACGGUUCGGAGCCUUCCUCUCCGCCGGACACUCCAGAGCUACAGGUCGACGGUGUCUCCGCUGCCGAGCAGGCCACGACUGCCAACAAAACCGAAUUAGCUCGAAAGCUUCGCCGCGUCGCUUCCGCCCCGAAUGCACAGGGUUUAUUUGCCCGGGGCGAGAAUGAUGGACGCCCCCAGACGGCUGAAACUGGAAACCAGCCCCCAGUGGAAGAAACAGACUCUCAGAUCACUAUCGCGGAGGAUACAGUCGGGAGUCUCGCCGUACCUAAACUUGGUUCCGAUGGCAAGAUCCCAAGUCCCGGCGAGAUUCGCAACCAGGUUGCCUUCCGCAGAACGUAUAGCUCCAACUCGAUUAAAAUUCGGAAUGUGGAGGUUGGGCCGAGCAGUUUCGACAAGAUCAAGUUGAUCGGCAAAGGUGACGUAGGGAAGGUUUAUCUCGUUCGCGAAAAGAAGACGAGUCGCUUAUAUGCUAUGAAGGUCCUGAGCAAGAAGGAAAUGAUCAAACGAAACAAAAUCAAGAGGGCGUUGGCCGAACAAGAGAUCCUCGCCACAAGUAACCAUCCUUUUAUUGUCACGCUUUACCACUCUUUCCAGUCCGAGGAUUAUCUCUACUUAUGUAUGGAGUAUUGUAGCGGUGGUGAAUUUUUCCGAGCUCUUCAGACACGUCCGGGGAAAUGCAUUUCCGAAGACGCGGCGCGGUUCUAUGCGGCGGAAGUUACAGCCGCAUUAGAGUACCUCCAUCUCAUGGGCUUUAUCUACCGUGAUCUAAAGCCAGAGAACAUUCUUCUGCAUCAGUCUGGCCAUAUAAUGCUGUCAGAUUUCGACCUGUCCAAACAAUCCGGUCCUGGUGGAGCACCCACCAUGAUUCCGGCGCGGAGCGGCAACUCGACGACGUCUCUGCCCACCAUCGACACAAAGUCGUGCAUUGCCGAUUUCCGGACGAACUCCUUUGUAGGAACGGAGGAGUACAUUGCGCCGGAAGUCAUCAAGGGCUGCGGACAUACCAGCGCAGUUGAUUGGUGGACCCUUGGCAUCUUGAUCUAUGAGAUGCUUUACGGCACAACACCUUUCAAGGGUAAGAACAGGAACGCAACGUUUGGAAACAUCCUCCGAGAUGACGUACCAUUCCCUGAACAUGGGGGGGCCCAACAAAUCUCCAAUAUGUGUAAGUCUUUGAUCCGUAAGUUGUUGAUUAAAGAUGAGACGAAGCGUCUUGGAGCUCGUGCCGGUGCCUCGGAUGUCAAGACUCACCCUUUCUUCCGGCAAACACAAUGGGCACUUAUUCGCCAUAUGAAGCCUCCGAUGAUCCCUCAUCAAAGCCGAGGAACGGAGACUCUCAAUUUCCGCAAUGUUAAAGAAAGCGCCAGCGUUGAUAUUGGCGGCAGUAACCCUACCAAGAUGAAGGGUGUCCCCAUGGAUUCGGGUCUUGCCACGCCCAAUGGGGAAGUGAACGACCCAUUUGAAGAGUUCAACAGCGUUACUCUUCAUCAUGACGGAGAUAUGUAAUUCGUCGACCGAUGGAUGCUACUGUGGCCGUACUGCUUUCUUGGCGCACAACCGGUUAGACCUUUUGAGCAUCCCUUGCAUAGCUCUGGAGCUCAUUUCACGACGAUAACGCAUGAAAGAUCUUUGUAUCCGAAGCAACAGUUUCUUACACCUAUAAUCUGGAGUACGGGAGCUUAG